AGAAGGCUAACACUCAGUGCUCCAUUGAGUACCCCUCCGGCCACGGAAUCUACAGUCACGUGCAUAGAGUACACAUGGUCCCAUCUGAACCUUAGUUCACUCCUCAAAGAUCCGUCUCAAUUCAUUCCGACUGAUAAUAUUUCGUGCAUAUCUGCAAAAUACCUCACACUGGGUUGA